GUAUCAGUAACAGCUUCGCGUCUUCAAUAAAUUUAUACUGAUAGGAAUGAUGCAGCGUGCUAUGCUAAAAUGGAAUAACGUGCCUACCCAAGUGAUAACAGAAGGUCGCUGGGUGGAAGAAGGUCUUUUAGGAUAUGGUAAAAAAGAUGUGGUAGUUGUUAUACCAGGUAACCCUGGAAUUCCAGAAUUUUAUGAAGGAUUUAUAAAGUCUCUGAAAACAAAACUUCCUACUGAAACACCUGUUUGGGUAAUUGGACAUGCAGGGCAUGUACAACCCCCAAACAAUUUAACAAUUACUAUGCCAAGCGAUUCAACUUGGACUGAACAUUAUAGCUUAAUAGCCCAGCUGGAACACAAGAAAAGUUUCAUAAAGAAAUAUGUACCAGAGGAUGCCAAGUUGCAUCUUAUUGGUCAUUCAAUAGGAAGUUGGAUAGUAUUACACAUGUUGGAAGAUGAUUCUAUAUCCAAAAGAGUAAAAAAAUGUUAUUUGUUAUUUCCGACUAUAGAGCACAUGGCAACAAGUAGUAAUGGACAGUUUUUCACUAAAAUCGUGUCACAUAUUGCAUUCUUUCUGAUCUUUCUCUGCUGGAUUCUUUCGUGUUUGCCAAUUUCUUUGCAACUGUUUGCCGUCAAUAUUUUUGCACCCUUGUAUGGCAUUCCCAGAAAAUGCACCAAAGCAGUACAUCAACUUCUAAACCCUCGUAAUUUAAAGAAUGUGUUUAGAAUGGCGAAUGAAGAAAUGCAAAUAGUAAAGGAGAGAGACGACCAUAUACUCGUAAAACAUGCAGACAAGUUAUGGUUUUAUUACGGUAACUGCGAUGGUUGGACUCCAGUUCAAUAUUAUAGAAAUAUGAAGUCCAAACAUCCCAACAUGAACGCAGAACUUUGUAAGCAUGGUUAUCAUCACAGUUUUGUUUUACAGUUUGAUAAGGAAAUGGGUUACAUUGUAGGAAAUUUAAUUAGCGAAAAUAUAUCAUAG